UCUCUCUCUCUCUCUCUCUCUUCAAUUCCAAUCUCAUCACUUCCAUCGUCUUCCCCAAAUUCAAUGCUCCGAUUAAUCACAAGAAAUCUAUCAACACUCCAAAUCAAAAACCCUAGAAAUCCAGUACCCCCAUCCCCCAAUUCCAACCCCUAUUGAUCCUUCCUCCUUCUCCUUCGUCUCCUACCUCAUCGCCUCCUGCGGCCUCUCGCUGGAGAAGGCCCUCGCCGCCGCCAAGAAGCUCACGCCCAAGAGCAAUCUCGACGCCAAGAGCAACAACAUCGAAGCCAAGCGCAAUCCUGACGCCGUGCUCGCCUUCUUCGCCUCUCAUGGCUUCACCAAGGACCAGAUCUCCAAGCUUAUCGCCGCAUCCCCCUGCCUCCUUCUUUGUAGUCCCAGCAGCAAUCUCAAGCCUAAGGUGGAGUUCUAUCUCGGCGCAGGGUUCUCCAGCAGUGACCUCGCGAAGCUUUUUGGCUCUGAUACCCAACUCCUUCUAUCGAGCUUGAAGACGCGCAUCAUUCCCUCCUUUAAUUUCCUGAGAACCAUUCUUCACUCUGAUAAGGAUAUCAUCACCGCCGUCAAGUACACUCCUUGGUUGCUUCACCUUGAUCUUCAGAAGAACAUGGUGCCCAAUGUGGACUUGCUACAUAGCCUGGGCGUGCCGGAGAGGAGGAUUUCCGGGCUGGCCAAGUUCCAUGCCGAUGUGCUUUUGCGGAAAACCGAGAAGUUUCAGAGAAUGACGGAGAGGGUCAUCGAGAUGGGCUUCAGGCCAGCUCAUCAUUCAUUCACUGUUGCCCUUCGGUGCUUCUCUGCGGUCAGCGCUGCUACUUGGGAGGCAAAGAUGGCAGCUUUCAAGAGCUUUGGGGUGCCUGAAGAUGAGAUCCUUUUGGCAUUCAAGAAACAGCCUCUGAUGAUGACGGUCUCUGAGCAGAAGAUCAAGAAGAUCAUGGCAUUGUUUGUGAGCAAAUUGAACUGGAAGCCGGAGUAUGUGCUUGCAAAUUCACUUCUUCUCAAGUUCAGUCUUGAGAGAAGGAUUUUGCCAAGGAUUUCAUGCUGUGAUGUUCUUUUAUCCAAGGGUUUGAUGAGUGAUAAAGCCUUCAACUAUCAAGUGUUUUGGCUGUCUGAAAGGAGGUUCUUUGAGACAUAUGUAAUGAGGUUUCAGGAAGAGCAUCCUCAGGUGUUGGAGGCUUACCUGUCUUCAAUGAAAUGAAGCAGGCGCUUUAGGACCGAUUUGAGAAUUCUAAAGCUUCUUCCUUUCUUUAUUUUUUCAAGUAAAGAUUUUGGAAGGUGUUAAACUUAGCCUCUCAUUGUCAGUUGUUUUAUAGCAUUGAUUUGGCUGAUUAUUUCUGGGUGUCUUGUUAUAGCUCUGAAUGAUAUUUUAAGUCAGUAACAUGGUUUUGAGUUUACAUUUGAUAAAUAUUGGUCAUUUAUUUGAA